GUGAAGUUUAUCUCAACAUUCCCAAAGCUCUGGGGUGCUUUAAGGUCCCAGGCUCCAGCAGGGCUGUGCAUCCUGCCAGCACAUCCAGCACCCGUGUCUGCGCGUGCUAGCCAUUCCCAGGCCCUUUGUCUCCUCGCCUCGAUGAUACUGCUGCCAUGGUGAAAAACAGAGAGAAAGAACAACAGGAUAUUGUCCCGUUCUGCUCUGCGUGCCAACUGUGACAAAAUGUUGUUUUCUCCUUGGUUCGGGGAUUCUUGUUGGCUUUUACUUGUCUUGGGCGAGCCUGAAAACAUUAAGAUGUUUUUAAAAUUCUUCUAGUUAGAGUGGAAAUCUUGAGUCUCUGGGAGUAAGGUGGUGUCCCAUGCCCUGGCACAAACAUUCCUGUCCUGGGGGAUGAUUCUCUGAGUCAUGCAGAGGAAAAGAAGCGUUCUGAUGUAAAAGACAACAGGAAGGCGCUCAGCACGCUGUGUGCCAGCAGGACACCUGCAGAGCUGCCGCAGGGGUGGAAGUGAGCCACAGGCUGCAUGGGGAGUGCUGAGAAAACUGCACGGCUGCACAAAUCUGACGCCAAACCAAGGCUCUAUUUUUGGUCUCCGCUUUGCGUUUCUGACACCUGUAGGGACGCGUGAAGUGCUCAAGAGACUUGUGCAGCACCUCCCGGAGCGGUGGAGCCGCCGCAGGGCAUGGGAGCGCAGCGGAGCGUUCUUGCUUAGCCAACAGGACUAAUUAUAACCCAGGAAUAUGAACUGUAAAUGUGCUGAAGCUGCCAAGUCGGGAGCUGGGUGUGUGCCAGCGCUCGAAUGAGGACGCACCAUCCUGUCAGGACUCUCCGGGAGCGGCAGGCAGCGCCGAGGUACGGAGCCCCACGGAGGGACAUGGACACAUGGGGGUACCGCAGGAGGACGGUAUACUUAUCAGAUGCAUUUUGUGAAAUCUACCAGUGAACCUGCACAAGCAAUUCCUUUCUAAGCUCACUCUAGGAACUGCAUCUUGAUCCUUGAACUGCUCGAACUCCCAGAGAAUUGUAUUUAACAAGACCUUAUUACCUACUGAGAAAUAUAAUGACUGAGUUCCUGGUUUGUUUUAAUUGGUGCAAUGGUGAACAGCCCCCACCGAAGAGGCGUCGGAGGCUGGACCAGAAUAUGAUAGGAGAGCCAAUGAACUUUGUACACACCGCGCAUGUUGGGGCCAGAGACAUGAGUAGCGACUAUUCCUCAGCUGUGUCAAUUCAGGACCACAUGAAGUCUAAAGGUGGCUACACAAAUGGCACUUCUGCAACUGUUGAAAUAUAGGAAACUGAGAGAAGGCUGAAAUCUGCUCUGUCUUGUGAGGAUCCCCUGGACUGUGUUUUCAUAUUCUCUAAAACCUUGUUAUCAUGGAGUAGGGAGAGUACCUAAAUUAAAAGUAGGUCAGUACAGUACUUUGGUGUUCUUUGCACAAUGUCUUCUGAAGGAGUUAUUGUAAAUUGUCCUUAAAAUGGUCAGUCAUGAUAGUGUUGUAGUAGCAACUGUAAUUUGUCACUGUGGAUGACUUCCUAGCUCUGCCCCAAAAGCCUCUCAAAACUGUCAUAUAAAAUGGGAUUGCAAGUCAGUAUGAAUUGCCUGGGAUUUUGGCAUCUGUCUUUUUCUCCUUGCAGGAAAUGCAGAGGAGAUUUAAUUGGAAGAUAUCACAUGAUUUCACUUCUUACAUGGGCUAAACUGACUUGCUAAGUAUGACCUUGUAGUUGCCAGAUAACUUUGGACCUGUUUUUUAGAUGCUUUACAACCUAAUGCAUAAAUUUUUGGUAUUUUUUUAAUGCUUUUUGAUAGUGAAUGAACUCUAAUGUAGAAUAGUGAGCUGAGUCUGCAAAACAUGGUGAAACUUCUGCCUUGCCAAGAUAACACUUCUGUAUCUAAAAAUGUAGCUUUUGCAAACGUUUUGACUCUCAAAUGAGGCUGAGAACAAGACAUGUGCCCCUCAGCGACUGGGCUGCCUCCCAUCCGUGCACACACACUGCUGUGACUGGCAGAUAUUACUGCAACACAGCUAAUUGUUCCUACCAGUUAACUUCUAGUGGUGCUACAAUAUGCUCACAACUGUGUGUUAGUUUUGCAUGACUACCAUUGAAUUUUAAACGAAACAUAUUUAAGAUUUCUCCUUUGUUACCUUUCUAUAACGUUAGCCACACAGGACUUCAAGGGAUAUCUUGCUUGUCCUUCUGGCUCCUUAAUUUAAAGACUGUCUGUUUUAUAUGAAAUUAAUCUUUUCUUGCAUGUGGUGUAAGUGAUACAGCCAUGUGAAGGACACGCAUUUAAGGAAUAUUGUGAAAAGUUGCAGGAGAGUAUUAAAUGGAAACAGCAUUUUGCAGAGUUCCAGCACUUCAUAAAUAUUUAAAUAAACAGACAUAAAUACUUAGACAUGCUCAAACUACAGUUUAUUACUUAGUUCUUAUUCAUCUUUCUAUUAAGUGAUGUGACAAAACUGCUGAAGCAGAACUAGGUUUUUCUCUUACCCAAUCACUGACAAUUGUUCCCCAGCUCAAAAUUCUGUAUGACUACCACUGCAGAAACAGGAAAUCUGCUUGCUCUCUUGGGAUUAACUAAUUACAAGUGUUUAAAGUGCUGCCAUAUCAGCACAAGUUAUGCUGGAAGUCAGCAAACUGUCCUUGCUCUAGGCAAAAGAUCAGUUACAAAUAUUUUUCCAUUUAAAAAAAUUUAUAGCUGGAAAAUCUUUUAACUUGUAUGAUUCUGUUUGUAGUUGUCAUACUUCUUAAAUCUAGGCUGAUGGCUUUGCUGAAUAUUACUAGGCUGCCUUUUCUGAAUAUACUAGGGAACUUAAAACAUGAAUGGUAGCUCUGUGUUUCUGUAUAUGUUUUAAAAAACAGCUUUUCCCCUCCCCCAUGUUUUAUCUUUUAGGUCCAAAAAGGGAUUAUUGCUUUCUGUAACGGUCAACAGCUGAUCAUAACAUUCUGAAACCACAUAAGAGAAACCUAAUAUCCAUGUCUUGCUAGAUCCUUACUCUUCAAUUAGAAUGCACACCAAAUUUUAAUAUAUUUUAAAAUUAGCAUAAUUAACUGUACAUUUAGCUUUUGCAAGUCUUUUACAUUUCUGUCUUCUAACUUCAGAUAUACUCUAACAACCUAGUUAAAAUACAGAGUUUAAAAAAGCUAGAUCCUAUAUAGUGUUGAGAAAGCAAAAAGUGGCCAAGGUGUUCGAAAGAAUAGAUUCUAAUUCAUCUGCUUUUAUAUGGGGCUAAUGCAUUCAGUCAUCUGUACCUGCCCAGAAAAAAAGGUGAUAGGGCAGUUGUCAUGGAGAAAAUGGGCUGUGUUUUGUUAACACUGUAAGAAAACACAUUGAAGAAAAGUUAGGGUUUCUUAGAGACCCAUUCAGUAGAUUAAAAAUUAGUGGUAUAACUAGAAAUAAAGGAAUUGGUGAAUAUUUCAGUUCUUCUCUCUAAAGAUAAAUGAACAGAAAAUUUGUUGUUAAACACUUAUUUAGAGAAAAAUCCUAGUUUUGAUCAUGUAAACUGAGUAGCAUUAUCUGGUGUGAAACUAACUUAUUUUCAUCAGACUAUAUAGUAUUAUGUAAGACCAUAAUAAAGUGCAAGAUCAUUAAAAAGAAAUGUUUUGCUAUUACAUUAGAAGUGUAAUUACUUUUAAAAAUCUAACAAACAUAAACACGUUUUAGGGCUUAGAUAUUUUUUGUUCUAUAUUUAGAAACCUUAUGUACCUCUAAUCUGUCAUAUAACUCAGUGUGAACCUAUUUUAGUUAUAAUAAAUGCGUUGAACUGGGAAUUUUCACCCUUUUCAUAUUGUGGAAAAUCCUGAUAUUUUCUCUGCACUGAAAACCUGUUGGAUAAGUAAAUGGAUCAGCAUGGCUUCAACUUUUAUUGCAUAGAAUGAAAUUUCUCCACUAGAGAGCACAGUUUUACAUCAAGUCUUCUCUGUUCUAUGCAAGCUCUUACUCCAUUGUGAGGUUUGGUGGUUUUUGGCGCUUGAUUGAAAUAAAAUACAGAAAUGAUACCAAUUGAUCAAACUUUUUGAUCCAUGUUGUAGGCUGUGAAACCCUUACAUCAAGACAAUCAAGAAACAUUACCGCUCUGGCUUGAUGCCAUUUUAUGGUUCCUUUCUUUAGUCAGAAGUAAAAUAACUUGCAAGCAGAGCAGGAUCAACUGUUUUUUAUGUAGUCUGGCAGAGUCUUGGCAUGUUUGCUUCCUUGGGGAAAAAAAAAAAAAAGAAGUGGGAUAGGGAGGUAUUUUCAGUUCUGGCUAUCUUAUCCCCUGAUGUUCCUGCUAGGCUUUACUGACUGUCCCAUAAUACUGCAUACACUUGUGGUCAAUAUAUAGAAAAGGUAUUUGUCUUUUUCACAACUUAAUAUGUCUUUUUAUCUCCUGCAGAGCAGCUUUAUACCAAUUAUAGGGUGUCAAUGCUAUGUGCCAAGUUAGCCUGUGAUAUGAUAACUUGCAGCCCACACACAUGGUACUGUUCCUUUGUAUGCUCUUGCCAUAUUGGACUACCAGGUGCUGCUGUAGCUUCCACUGUGUAUAGACAAAAAAUGUUAAGAGAUUAAUAAAUACCCUUUAUCUUGCUUUGCCAGCAAGAAUAAGCACAAUUCAACAGUGUUAAAUUCCAUGCUCAUGAAAUUCAUUAUAUGUUACUAAAUAUGGUAUCACUGGAAAAAUAAACUCCAAUCUGUCAGUAAAAGAUGAUUAAAUGAAUGCUCCUGACUAUGUUUGGAUUUACUGUGCUAUCAGCACUGUGACACUGCCCUGAAAAGCCAACAGCUGAAGAUAAGAACUAUCUUGUCUGCUUUUCAUAAUCACUGUGGAACUACAGGAAGAAAACACUGCUUUUUUACAGUGGUGCUAAGAUAUUCUCUGGUGAGUGGGUUCCUGUAAGGCUUGCAGGUACUUUGUGGUUAAUGUUUGAAAUUCAAAGUUUUACCUGUAAAGGUGAAGUUCUGAGUGCCUAAAGAGAUGCUGUAAGUGGUUGGUGCCUGGACUUCUGCAGAUAAACUAUCCUUCCUUCACACACAGUGAUUUGUCUGACACAGAAGGCCCAAGAUACUUACACCAGUAAUUUUCCUGAUAAUAUUAAUGUGGCUACAGUGUAUAUCUAAAAGGUUUCUCAUCCUGUACAGAAUAGGUCCUCUCUAAGAACUGGCCUAUUGGAGCUGUGGAGUUACUUAAACUUUUCAUCACACACAGUUCUGAGCCAGUUUUAUACUUUGCUAUGUGAAAGCAUAAAGUCCCCUUGUUAUUGCUUAACUUUUCCUACUGCAGGGAAGGUGUUGAAGAGCUAAUAGGCUGAUCAGGAACUACAGAAAAAAUGAGGUAUGGAAGUGAGGGAGAUUUCGCCACAGAGAGGCAAUGUGGUGCACAUUAAUGAGGAAGGAGCAGGGAGCAGAACAUGCUCAUGUUGACGUUUCUUAUCUGCAAUGCACAAGACAGCUUUGAUAUCAGUCGGAAAAUAUCCAUAAUAUGUGCAUAAUUGGUAUAUGGAGGAAAUUAGGCACUUAAAUGCAUGACUAAGCUGGGACUUUGAGACACAGAUUGCCAAUAUAACUUUAAUGAAUGGUAGUAUCCUCUUCCUGCAGUGGCUUACAAAGCUGUUUUCAGAAAAUACAGAGCCACCCACAAAGGUAGCUCUGGUUUCAGCAGUUGCAGACUGAUGUCACAUUUAUGUUUGAAAGACAAGAGGGCUUUUUCUCUUUUUCUUUCUGCUACAUGUGAGGUUGCAAGCGUUCUAAAUGCCAAGGCUUGCUGCAACCCACUGGAACACAAACCAAAUAAAAACUAGCAUUAAUACAAAAUAGCAAUAGUAAAAGGGUACCUGCCUUUGGUCCACUGCACUGCCAAAACUUCUGGGAAAUUAACUAGAUCCAUCUGAUAUUCAGAUUCCAGGUAUUGGGAGGAUAUGAACAGGUUGGAGUGAAAGGCCAUGAAGAGCUCCUUGUGCCUAAGGAAGUCUGGGUGACAGUUUGUUGGACUCUGCAGACUGAGAUGCCAGGUCACCUUGGCUAUUCUGGAUUUCCAUUUAGCUUUUUCUCCUGCUGUUAUGUAGAGAAUGGAAAGAUGAAACAAAAUAGUGAAGCAAUUUGAGUAGACAGGGAUGUUACUAGUAUGUGUUCUGGAGCCAAAAAAGCUCUCAGCUUGAGAUGCUUGAUACUGAACUACAGCUCCCGUCUUCACCUGGGAACUUAAGAGAGGGAGAAGCUCAUAACUAAAACCUGUGCCCUUUCAGGGAGAAUGAGGUGUACAGGACACCCAUGGCACGGGCUGCUGUGGUCUCUGCACUGCCUAAACCCAGCUUAUCAAGUGUUGCAGUAUGGCUACUGAACACCUUGUGGCUCUCACUUGUUCCGUAUGUCCUGUUUAUGUGUAUCCCAUUAACAUGACCAAUAUCCUGAAAUGUUAUCCAAACCUUUAGUUUAAAUGGAAGUUCUCUUAACCUGGUUUUCAUAUGAGACAGUAGUAAUGGCUGGACAAGAACAACAGCUUUGAGAUGUCUGUUGAGACCUGUACAAUUAAUUACUCAUGAAACCAAGGCCACAAAACUGUGUUGAAAUUACUUUAUUCAGUGAACCUUUUAAAUUUUUUGUUGUUAUUAAAACAAUGUAAAUGGGAAGAAUAUUCUAACAAAUUUUAAGUUUCCUCUGAUAUUUGCAUAUGAAUCCAAACUGAACAAAACCAAGGUUAUUAUUACUAAGGGCCCAUCCUUAUUCAGAGGCAAAAAAAAAAGUUGAAUUAUGUCUUUCACUGUUUUAAUAUGUAUGUUUUAAUAUAUAUGUAUAUAUUUAGACCUUCAUCUCAAGUAAUGUGUAAGGAAAUAAGGCAUUCUUUUAAACUAAAAUUAGUAUGAUUAUUCUGACUUACUGAAAUUUUUUAAAAUGGACUUAAAAUCUACAUUUAAAUCACUGGGAGAGAAUUUAAUGUACUUUUAAAGCUGACUUUGGCCUGUACAAGUGGAUGACUAAUUAAUUUCAUAUUUCUUCAUCAAAGAGCUAGAAAAAGUGUUACAGGAUUCUUUUUAUUUUAUAUAUAAUAGUUUAUUUACAUGCAUCUGAUCUGGCUGGUGCUUAAGAAAUAGGUAUGCAUUUUACAUAACUUACCUGAGUCUAAAGGUGAAUGAAGACUGUCCCUAAUAAUAGUAAUUAGUGACCUGUGUGUUAUUAAGGAUUCAUAGAUCUGACAAAACAAUGGCAUAUAUUCUAGCCAGAAAUCUAUUUUUAAAAAAUUGGUCUAAUAUAUGGAAGUUUGAAGGUCAGGACUCCACAAGAGCUGAAGCUGCAGAUUAAUGGUGAAAGAAAUACCCUUUUAAAUGCAGUUUACCCACAUUUACCCUUGCAAUGUCUACCACCAGGAAAUAUUAAAACCUCACUCAAUGCCUUUGAGGGUGUAUCACAAGUUUAACAACGUAAUUCAAAAGUAAGGUUUACAGUGCUUCAUUAAUGUAUGCUAAUGGGGCCUUGCUGCAUAAUGGUGUAUGAGUAAGGCUUUCACUAGUUUCUUUCAACUAGUUUAAACAUUACCUUGAAAAUGCAUUUAAAUUAGUUAUUCUCUCUGCUGCAUAAUAUUCAUAAUAUUAAAAAUAUUCAUAUACUAGGGUAUCUAUUCCUUGUAGAAAUCAAUAUUUACAGGUGUUCAGAUAAUACUGUUGGUACAUGGGGAAAAGUUGCUAAACAUGUGCUUGCAUUAAUAAAUAAUUCUUAAAUGC